UAUUUGGUCGUGGCCUUAUGAUGGCGUGUCUGCUGCGCGUGCUGCAGCGGCACUCGGCGUUUCGCGCCUCGUGCAGCGACCGGGACUCGGUGUUCAGGUUGGCGGGCCGGGCCGUCCGGAACCACAGCACCCAGGCGGCUCCUCUCUUCCCCGGAAUGGAGUACCAGGACGCGAUCUGGACCCUGAACACGCUGCAGAGCAACGCCAGCGUUGUGCAGCAGGCCCGCAGCGGGCAGAGAGACCCCCAGCAGCAGCUGCUGGCCAUGCCGGGCUUCCUGGAGCGGGCCGGGCUCACGGUGGAGCAGCUGGAUCACCUCAACAUCAUCCACGUUACAGGGACCAAGGGCAAGGGAUCCACCUGCGCGUUCACAGAGCAGAUCCUCAGAACCUACGGCUUCCGGACCGGGUUCUACAGCUCGCCCCACCUGGUCCAGGUGAGGGAGAGGAUCCGCAUCGACGGCCGGCCAAUCAGCAACGAGCUUUUCACCAAGUACUUCUGGCAGGUUUACGGACGGCUGGAUAAGACCAAGGAGGCUCAUGGAGGGACGAUGCCGGCGUACUUCCGGUUCCUCACCAUCUUGGCGUUCCACGUCUUCCUGCAGGAGAAGGUGGACUUGGCCAUCAUCGAAGUCGGGAUCGGAGGAGCGUACGACUGCACCAACGUUGUCAGGAGGCCGUGGGUCUGUGGCGUCUCCUCUCUGGGAAUCGACCACAAGAUUUUGGGCGACACCAUCGAGAAGAUCGCCUGGCAGAAAGCGGGAAUCUUCAAGCCGGGCGUUCCCGCAUUCACGGUCCGGCAGCCUCAGGAAGCCAUGGCGGUUCUGAGGGACCGGGCCAGAGAGAUCCGGUGUCCGCUGCGGGUCUGUCCGGACCUGGACCGGUACCAGACGGAGCCGGGCGCGCUGCAGCUGGGCCUGGCGGGUCAGCACCAGCGCUCCAACGCGUCUCUGGCCCUGCAGCUCUGCCACACCUGGCUGCAGAGGAGAUGUGGCCCAGAUUCAAGCCCCGCCCUCCCUGAUCCGGACAGCAGCUGCUUAUCGCAGGCGGACUCCUUCCGGCCCGGCGCCGCCAUGGUGAAAGGCCUGGCAGACACGCAUUGGGCCGGUCGGAACCAGACGCUGCGGCGCGGCGCGCUGACCUACUUCCUGGAUGGAGCCCACACCCACCGCAGCAUGCAGGCCUGCGUCCAGUGGUUCCAGGAGGCCGCCGCCCAGCCCCAGAGCGGCGCCAGUGGCGCCGGCCGGGUUCUGCUGUUCAACUCCUCCGGGCAAAGAGACGCUGCCGCCAUGCUGAAGCUGCUGCUGCCGUGUCGUUUCGACUUGGCCGUGUUCUGCCCCAACAUCACCGAAACCGUCGCCUCCGGUAACGCAGACCAGCAGAACUUCAACGUCACAGUGGAGGCCAUGCUGACCGGUUGCCUGGACAACGAGCGGAGCUGGCGUCUCCUGGGCGACGGCGGAGAAGAGAACGCGGCGCCGUUGCUGAUCCGGGACGGACCGGCGCCGCUCGCCGAGAGGAAGGCGGACACGCUGGUGUUCCCCUGCAUCCUCAGCGCCCUCCGCUGGAUCGCCCAGGGAAGAGACCCGGUUCUGACCCAGCCGGCCCAGACGGCGGCGCCCGUCACACCCAGCAUGGCCGCCAAGGCCGCGGCGCUUCGGGACGCCGCACACGUCCACAUCCUGGUGACCGGCAGCCUGCACCUGGUGGGAGGCGUCCUCAAACACCUGGACCCAGAGGACGGGUAGACUGGGAGCGCUGGGUGAUCUGGGACGGGUCGGUGCUGCUUUACUUCCAGGCUUGGUGAAAAUGGACCUUCCAGGUGGAACCGGUUCUGUCCCGGUUCUGAAGCUCCUCUCUCACCAGCCGGGUCGUCUUGUUGUUUUGGACUUUCUUUACUUUCCAGGUGGUUCUGAUCAGUGAUUGGCUGCGGGUACCAUCGGGUCACAGUGGUCCAAACCCAGUCCGGUCUGCGUCUAAACCCAACAGAACCGUGACCCAGUUGAGCUUCAGAACCAGAACCCGCUGAGGAGCCCC